UUACUUUGUCGUCAGUAGAGUGGCUGCUGAUGUGGUAUCGGCAUCUAUCUAAUUUCUAGUAAUUACGACUGAUACAACCAAUUGUGAGCUUAUGUACAAAUGUGUGAUAUUAAGUUUAUAUAUCCUCGGUAGUAUAGUGGUGAGUGAAGUGAGCCGUAUGUACUACCAACCACACCAUGAAGUUUGUUCAUCGAAUCGCAUUGAUCCAAGUCAAAAACAGUCUCGAUCCAAUCGAGUGAAUAAUGCAGGAAAAUUCAAUUUCCGCGGACAUUUGGCCGGGUCAGAAUUGUAUUAUGGCUGAUAAUUAAUUUCGUUUGAUUCGAGUUCCAAAUUCCGCGUGAUUACAAGCGUCGAUACAAUCGAUUCGGUAGGUACCUAUUCUGACAAAACGAACGUCCUUUUGUGCUUUGUGUUUCUUGCCUUUUUUUCGUAUCCGCUGAUUCUGCAAUUGUGUAACGGGUUGUAAAAUACAGAUACGCGGAGGCGUCGUAAUGGUUUUGCAGAGUCGUCUUGCUCACAAACCGUUUUACGCGAAUAGCGCUGUUUUAUGAGGAGGAUCAAGGCGAUCAGGAUCGGAAUAACGGAUGCAGAAAAGUGGGAUCAUUAAAUUGCAGAAGUGAAAAGAAACGAUGGAAAAAGAGCCAGAGAAAAGUAUAACCGAUUCGGAAAGGAACGAAUGUCCGAAAACACAUUCGAAUCGCAAUGCAAGAUACCUUCUCAGACAAACUAUGACAGCUCUGGGUCCAAUCCUGAGCACCGUGGCUGCCGGCAUGACGUCCGGUUACAGUGCGGUUCUGCUUCCUCAACUAACCUUGAACAACUCAACGGAUUACAACGCAACGUCGAAAAGCCUCACGGAUUACCUGAACAUGAAACAACUGACGGUUGUGGGUACCGAACAAGUUUCAUGGAUCGCGGCAUCGGCUGCUCUUUCGAUGGCUCCAGGAUGCUGGAUUUCCGGAGCCCUGAUGGAGAAGUUCGGCAGGCGAACAUCGCUGCUCUUACUCAGUCCAGUAUUUUUCAUCGGAUGGUUGAUAGUCGCGUUUGCGCCCAGCCUGUUUUGGCUGAUGGUCGGCAGAGUUGUGAUCGGAUUCUGCACCGGAACUAUGGGGCCUCUAAGCCCGGUGUUUAUAGCGGAAACGAGCGAACCGCGUUUGCGAGGAAUUCUUCUGUCCGGUAUCAGCUUGGCAAUAGCGGUGGGCAUUCUGAUCUCGCAUAUUUUUGGCACUUGGCUGCACUGGCGACUGUCAGCCAUUCUAUGUGGAAUUUUUCCCCUCUUCUCUUCACUCCUAUGCCUUGUUGCGCCUGAGAGUCCCACGUGGCUUGUCAAGAAAGGUGAAUACCUGAAGGCUCGUAAGGCUUGGCAGUACCUCAGAGGAGAUAAUUGCGAGCAUGAGUUUGAAGCUCUGACGUAUGGUGGUGCGAAUAAACUUAACCUCAACGCUUCGAUGGAGUCGAAACCACUUCAAAAUCAUACGUCGACACGCAGCUGGAGGAACGUUGUGGUUUCCAGGAGCUUCCUGAUGCCCCUCUUCAUACUCAACAUCUUUUUCUUCACUGCCCAAUUCUCGGGGAUUAACGCAGUAGCCUUUUACAGCGUGAAUAUGCUCGCGGAAGUUUCUGGCCGUGAAAACGCUUACACUGCGACACUUGUUCUCGACUCGAUUCGCGUCGCUUUUGGUGCCAUUGCCUGUUGGCUGACGAAGAAUUACCGUAGGAGAUCUAUGACCAUUUUUUCCGGCCUUGGAUCAGCGCUAAGUCUCCUUCUGCUCAGUGCUUCGCUCUUCGUAGAUAUCGGAAAACCAUGGCUUCCGAUCUGCUUCCUGUUCGCCUACACCUGCACCAGCUCCAUCGGUCUAGUUCCUCUGCCCUGGCUACUGUGUGGCGAACUUUUUGGAGCCUCUGUGCGAGGCCUUGGCUCUGGAAUAAGCUCUGGCUUCGCCUUUAUGUGUUUCUUUGUAGUUGUAAAGACCGCACCAUCUAUGAUGGACAUUCUUGGACCGUCCUGGACUUUCUGUGUUUACGGUAUCAUCGCUCUAAGUGGUACCAUUUUCCUUAUCGUAUUUCUACCGGAGACAAAGGACAAAACUUUACGAGAGAUUGAAGAUCGCUUUGCAAACCGUUCAACGAGAAGUGAAAAAUUUGGCUGACUCAUUCGUGCAAAUUUUUUUGUAUUUAACAAAUCCCUUUCACACAAAUCCA